AUGUCCAGGUGUGAGGUUGGUCCAUACUGCAGAGAUAACCCCUGCAGAAACGGUGGACGUUGUAUCGACAGCCUGGAUGGGGCUGUGUGUGAGUGUGAGCCGGAGUUUCAGGGAGAACGGUAAGCAGAAUCCAUUACUCUCAUUAACCAGCUUUCUUCCACUCAGGGUUUGGUAUGACACAUCCAUGAUGUCACACUGUGCCAGAGCUGCAAUAUAUACUGUAUAUAGAUUCUGGAUGUAUGCAUCCCAAAUGGCAUCCUAUUCCCUACAUAGUGCACUACAGAGCUCUGGUCAAAAGUAGUGCACUAUAUGGGGACCAUUUGGGACACACUCCAUAAAUAUGGUGUAUGUGAAUGUGACUCUGGACGGUGUUCUUCUGCCCAGGUGCCUUGGGGACGUAGAUGAGUGUAUGCAGACAGAGAGCCUCUGUUCUAACGGAGGUGUGUGUGUAAACACCUAUGGCUCCUUCAACUGUAGCUGCGUGGUGGGGUUCGCUGGGCGGCAGUGUGAGCUGGAGGUGUUGGUCAGGAACGAGCUGCUGUUCACCAGCUGGUCCAUCGGCCUGGAGGAGCUCCUGGGACUGGCCUUGUUCCUGGUCACCAUCUUCGGCCUGGCGCUGCUCUUUGUAGCCGUCCGGAAGAGGGCCAAACAGGACGGAUCUGAGGAAGAUGAGGUAUGAUAUCUUAGUGUAUCAUAUCUGUUGUCAGUAAGCGUUUGAUUGUAUUUUUUAAUAUAUGACAAAUAAAUGUAAUUUUUGACCUUUGAACCUUGAGGAUGAAGAUGAUAAAGACUUCUUUGGGAGGGCUUACCUGGAGGCCAAGUCCAGCCGGGGAGUCCCAGUCUACUUGGACGUUCCACCACAGAUCCCAGUUAGACCCAUCUCCUACACCCCUAGUUACCCCAGCAACUCACGCCACAACCUGAACAAGGGUUCCUGCGAAGGCCUUGGGUUGGUGGAACCCAUGGAGCACAGCACCUCGCCUGACCCAGACCCCAUGCCCAUCCUGAGGAGAGGGGUGGCAGUGUGCAGUGUGGCUCCCACCCUGCCACGACGCCCGCAUUCUAACACCCCCUCAGAGACUGAGUCCAUCCAGAAACCCUGCUGGGACUACCACUAUGAUGGUGAGAGAGCAGAUGACUGGAGGCUUGGAGUAGUAAAUGAGAAGACACUGUUUUGUCAUUCAUAGUUUUCAAAUUUUUACCUAUCAGCUUUACUUUGAUAACCUGCAAGUAUUUGUAUUGUAAACAACCAAAUUAAAUUGCACAUGAUGUGGCUUUACCUACAGUACAGUAUGAUACCUUUGUGUUAAUGGUGAAUCAAACAAUGUUGUCUUCAUCAGCAUCGUCAAUGAGGUCAUAAGGACUAAGAAGUGAUUGUGUAUGUUUGUCUCUUCCAGAAGAGGAAGUGGAGCUCGAUCCGGUCUCCACUCAUAGAUCUAGGAAAGACCAGGAAAACCAUGGCAGUGCCUCAGAGUUCCUCUGUUCCUACCAGUCAGGAACAGGAGAUGAGAAUGGUAGGUUUCUUUACUCAUCCAAGAUGACAGGGUGAGAAACAUCACAGUGUAAGUACUGGAAUCCAGGCUAAUACAUGUUAUUAGGCAACACCUUCUACCUGUAAUGAUACCUCUGAAUGAGUGUUCUCUCUUACAUCACUUGUCAUUUUUCCACUCUUUUCCUCUAGUCUCAGCUCCAGUUUGGAUUAAAUCUAUGCACAGCCCCAGGUCAGGGUUUAACAGGGGGCACAGUGUAAGUUGUCAUUUACAUUGACGUUGUGGGAAGUUGCCCAACAGUCUUCUGAUUGUCUUCUUAUAGUCUGAUAGUCUCCUGAUAGUCUGACAAUCUCUUGAUAGUCUGCUGAUAGUCUUCUGAUGUAACAUGUAAGUGUAAGAUCGCGUCCUUGUCUUGUCCUGAACUCGUAUGUUAAGUGUAGUUUGUGGCUUCUGUGGUUCCAAUCCAUACCAUUACCAUUUGUUUAUUCUGAAAAAUAUGGUUAGAUUCCUAUGUAUUUAUUUCCACCACCAUUACUCAAUGGAGUAUUAACCAUGUAGUAUUUGUUACAUUUAUUGUGUACUAAUGUUAGAUUUCUCUUGUCACUCCCUCCUUAGCCCUCAUAGGACUUCAAUCACACAGUAUUUACUGUGGAAAAUAAGGUAUAAUUCCUAUCUUAUACUACACUAGUUGUUUCAGUAGAUAGUUGUGUUCAGGGAGUCAGUAUAUAGUUGUGUCCAGGGAGUCAGUAGAUAGUUGUGUUCAGGGAGUCAGUAGAUAGUUGUGUUCAUGGAGUCAGUAUGUAUGUGGUAAGGGAGGUCAGUAGAUAGUUGUGUUCAUGGAGUAAGUAGAUAGUUGUGUUCAGCGGAGUCAGUAUAUAGUGUGUUCAGGGAGUAAGGAGAUAGUUGUGUUCAUGGAGUCAGUAGAUAGUUGUGUCCAGGGAGUCAGUUAGAUAGUGUGUCCAGGAGUCAGUAGCAUAGUUGGUCCAUGGAGUCCAGUAGAUAGUGUGUUCAGGGAGUCAGUAGAUAGUUGGUCCAGGGCAUGGAGUCAGUAGAUAGUUGUGUUCAGGAGUCAGUAGAUAGUUGUGUCCAGGGAGUCAGUAUAUAGUUGUGUCCAGGGAGUCAGUAGAUAGUUGUGUCCAGGGAGUCAGUAGAUAGUUGUGUUCAGGGAGUCAGUAGAUAGUUGUGUUCAUGGAGUCAGUAGAUAGUUCUGUUCAGGGAGUCAGUAGAUAGUUGUGUUCAGGGAGUCAGUAUAUAGUUGUCCCGGAGUCAGUAAUAGUUGUGUCAUGACGUCAGUAGAUAGUUGUGUCAGGAGUCAUAAGAUAGUUGUGCCAGGGAGUCAGUAUAUAGUUGUGUCCGGGUUCAUAGAUAUUUGCCAGGAGUCAGUAAUAGUUUGUUCAGGAGUCAGUAGAUAGUUGUGUUCAUGGUCAGUAGAUUGUUCUGUCAGGAGUCAGUAAUAGUUGUGUUCAGGAUCUAGAUAGUUGUGUUCAGGCAGUCAGUAGAUAGUUGUGUUCAUGUCAUUUAGAUAGUUCUGUUCAGGGACAGGGAGUCAGUAGAUAGUUGUGUUCAGGGAGUCAGUAGAUAGUUGUGUUCAUGGAGUCAGUAUAUACAGUGCCCUCCACUAAUAUUGGCACCCUUGGUAAAUAUGAGCAAAACGGGCUGUGACAUUUUUUUCUUUAUUGUUUAUCCUCUUGGUCUUUCAUUUAAAAUAUUCACAAAAAUCUAACCUUUAAAUAAAGUAAAAUUGAAAGAAAAUGUUUAUUCUUAUCAUAAAACAAAUAUUUUUCUCUAAUAUAUGUGUGCCACAAUUAUUGGCACCCCUUCAUUCAAUACUUUGUGCAACCUCCCUUUGCCAACAUAACAGCUCUGAGUCUUCUCCUAUAAAGUGUAAUGAGGUUAGAGAACACAUGGCAAGGGAUCUGAGACCAUUCCUCCAUACAGAAUCUCUCCAGAUUCUUCAGAUUCCGAGGUCCAUGCUUGUGGACUCUCCUCUUCAGCUCAUCCCACAUGCUUUCUAUGGGGUUUAGGUCAGGGAACUGGGAUGGUCAUGGCAAAACCUUGAUUAUGUGGUCAGUGAACCAUUUUUGUGUUGAUUUUGAGGUGUGCUUUGGAUCAUUGUCCUGCUGGAAGAUCCAACUACGGCCCAGUUUAAGCUUCCUAGCAGAGGCAGUCAGGUUUUGAUGUAAUAUCUGCUGGUACUUGAUGGAGUCCAUGAUACCAUGUAUCCUAACAAUUUGUCCAGGGCCUUUGGAAGAAAAACAGCCCCACAACAUCAAAGAUCCACCACCAUACUUCACAUUGGGGAUGAGGUACUUUAAUGCAUGGCUAUCGUUCUGUCUACGUCAAACCCACCUCUGGUGUUUGUUUCCAAAAAGCUAUAUUUUGGUCUCUUCUGACCAUAGAACCCGGUCCCAUUGAAAGAUCCAGUAACGUUUGGCAAACUGUAGGCGCUUAAGUUUGUUGUUUGAUGACAGCAAAGGCUUUUUUAUGGCAACCCUCCCAAACAACUUGUGGUUAUGUAGGUGGCGUCUGAUCGUAGUUUUGGAGACUUUCUGACCCCAAGACCCAACUAACGUCUGCAAUUCUCCAGCUGUGAUCCUUGGAGAUUUUUUGGCCACUCGACCCAUCCUCCUCACUGUGCGUGGGGUCAAUAUAGACACACAUCCUCUUCCAGGCCGAUUGUUAACAUCUCCAGUUGCUUUAAACUUCUUAAUUAAUGCCCUGAUAGUGGAAAUGGGCAUUUUCAACCGUUGAGCUAUUUUUUUAUAGCCAUUUCCAGAUUUGUGCAGCUCAACAGCCUUUUGUCGCACAUCAUUACUGUAUUCUCGGGUCUUUCCCAUAGUGAUGGAUGACUAUGGGAUCUUGGCCUGUGUGUCACCUCAUAUUUAUACCCUGUGAAACAGGAAGUCAUGGCUUACCACUUAAUUGUUCCUAAUCACUCAGGUGAACUUAAAAAUGUAAAAUAUGAAUGGGAAUAUACUUCAGUUAGAUUUUACUCAUGCAUUUCUAGGGGUGCCAAUAAUUGUGGCACACAUGUUUCGGAGAAAAAUAUUUAUUGCAUUUAUUUCACAUUUAUUUUUUUCAAUCAUUUUUACUUUAACUAAAGGUUCGAUUUUUGUUAAUAUUUUGAAUGAAAGACCAAGAGGAUAAACAGCAAAGAAAUUGUUUCACAUCCCGUUUUGCUCAUAGUUACCAAGGGUGCCAAUAUUAGUAGAGGGCACUGUAGUUGUGUCCAGGGAGUCAGUAGAUAGUUGUGUUCAGGGAGUCAGUAGAUAGUUGUGUUCAUGAAGUCAGUAGAUAGUUGUGUUCAGGGAGUCAGAAGAUAGUUGUGUCCAGGGACUCAAUAGAUAAUUGUGUUCAGGGAGUCAGUAGAUAGUUGUGUUCAGGGAGUCAGAAGAUAGUUGUGUUCAUGGAGUCAGUAUAUAGUUGUGUCCAGGGAGUCAGUAGAUAGUUGUGUUCAUGAAGUCAGUAGAUAGUUGUGUCCAGGGAGUCAGUAGAUAGUUGUGUUCAGGGAGUCAGUAGAUAGUUGUGUCCAGGGAGUCAAUAGAUAGUUGUGUUCAGGGAGUCAGUAGAUAGUUGUGUUCAGGGAGUCAGUAGAUAGUUGUGUCCAGGGAGUCAGUAGAUAGUUGUGUUCAUGGAGUCAGUAGAUAGUUGUGUUCAGGGAGUCAGAAGAUAGUUGUGUCCAGGGAUUCAAUAGAUAGUUGUGUUCAGGGAGUCAGUAGAUAGUUGUGUUCAGGGAGUCAGUAGAUAGUUGUGUUCAGGGAGUCAGUAGAUAGUUGUGUUCAGGGAGUCAGUAUAUAGUUGUGUUCAGGGAGUCAGUAGAUAGUUGUGUUCAGGGAGUCAGUAGAUAGUUGUGUCCAGGGAGUCAGUAGAUAGUUGUGUUCAGGGAGUCAGUAGAUAGUUGUGUUCAGGGAGUCAGUAGAUAGUUGUGUUCAGGGAGUCAGUAGAUAGUUGUGUUCAGGGAGUCAGUAGAUAGUUGUGUUCAUGGAGUCAGUAGAUAGUUGUGUUCAGGGAGUCAGUAGAUAGUUGUGUUCAGGGAGUCAGUAGAUAGUUGUGUCAGGGAGUCAGUAGAUAGUUUGUUCAGGGAGUCAGUAGAUAGUUGUGUUCAGGGGUCAGUAGAUAGUUGUGUUCAUGGGAGUCAGUAUAUAGUUGUGUCCAGGAGUCAGUAGAUAGUUGUGUCCAGGGAGUCAGUAGAUAGUUGUGUUCAGGGAGUCAGUAAUAGUUGUGUUCCAGGGAGUCAGUAGAUAGUUGUUCAUGGAGUCAGUAGAUAGUUGUGUUCAGGGAGUCAGUAGAUAGUUGUGUUCAGGGAGUCAGAAGAUAGUUGUGUUCAUGGAGUCAGUAUAUAGUUGUGUCCAGGAGUCAGUAGAUAAUUGUGUCAGGGAGUCGUAAAGUUUUCAGGGAUCGUAGUAGAUAGUUUGUUCAGGGAGUCAGUAGAUAGUUGUGUUCCAGGAGUCAGAAGAUAGUUGUGUUCAUGGAGUCAGUAUAUAGUUGUGUCCAGGGAGUCAGUAGAUGAUUGUGUUCAGGGAGUCAGUAGAUAGUUGUGUCCAGGGAGUCAGUAGAUAGUUGUGUUCAUGGAGUCAGUAGAUAGUUGUGUUCAGGGAGUCAGAAGAUAGUUGUGUCCAGGGAGUCAAUAGAUAGUUGUGUUCAGGGAGUCAGUAGAUAGAUGUGUUCAGGGAGUCAGUAGAUAGUUUGUGUUCAGGGAGUCAGUAUAUAGUUGUGUUCAGGGAGUCAGUAGAUAGUUGUGUUCAGGGAGUCAGUAGAUAGUUGUGUCCAGGGAGUCAGUAGAUAGUUGUGUUCAGGGAGUCAGUAGAUAGUUGUGUUCAGGGAGUGUAGUCAAGAUAGUUGUGUCCAGGGAGUCAUAGAUAGUUGUGUCAGGGAGUCAGUAGAUAGUUGUGUUCAGGGAGUCAGUAGAUAGUUGUGUUCAGGGAGUCAGUAGAUAGUUGUGUCAUGGAGUCAGUAUGUGUUUGUGUUCAGGGAGUCAGUAGAUAGUUGUGUUCAGGGAGUCAGUAGAUAGUUGUGUUCAGGGUGAGUUUUCAGUAGAUAGUUGUGUUCAGGGCAGUCAGUAUAGUAGUUGUUCAGGGAGUCAGUAGAUAGUUGUGUUCAGUGGAGUCAGUAUAGUUGUGUUCAGGGAGUCAGUAGAUAGUUGUGUUCAGGGAGUCAGUAGAUAGUGUGUUCAGGGAGUCAGUAGAUAGUUGUGUUCAUGGAGUCAGUAGUAGUUGUGUUCAGGGAGUCAGUAGAUAGUUGUGUUCAGGGAGUCAGUAGAUAGUUGUGUUCAGGGAGUCAGUAGAUAGUUGUGUUCAGGGAGUCAGUAGAUAGUUGUGUUCAGGGAGUCAGUAGAUAGUUGUGUUCAGGGAGUCAGUAGAUAGUUGUGUUCAGGGAGUCAGUAGAUAGUUGUUUCAGGGAGUCAGUAGAUAGUUGUGUUCAGGAGUCAGUAAUAGUUGUGUUCAGGGAGUCAGUAGAUAGUUGUGUUCAGGGAGUCAGUAGAUAGUUGUGUUCAGGGAGUCAGUAGAUAGUUGUGUUCAGGGAGUCAGUAGAUAGUUGUUGUUCAGGAGUCAGUAGAUAGUUGUGUUCAGGGAGUCAGUAGAUAGUUGUGUUCAGGGAGUCAGUAGAUAGUUGUGUUCAGGGAGUCAGUAUAUAGUUGUGUUACAGGAGUCAGUAGAUAGUUGUGUUUCAGGGAGUCAGUAGAUAGUUGUGUUCAGGGAGUCAGAUAAGUAGUGUUCAGGAGUCAGUAAUAGUUGUGUCCAGGGAGUUCAGUAGAUAGUUGUGUUCAGGGAGUCAGUAGAUAGUUGUGUUCAGGGAGUCAGUAGAUAGUUGUGUUCAGGGAGUCAGUAGAUAGUGUGUUCAGGGAGUCAGUAGAUAGUUGUGUCAGGGAGUCAGUAGUAGUUGUGUCCAGGGAGUCAGUAUGUAGUUGUGUUCAGGGAGUCAGUAGAUAGUUGUGUUCAGGGAGUCAGUAGAUAGUUGUGUCCAGGGAGUCAGUAGAUAGUUGUGUUCAGGGAGUCAGUAGAUAGUUGUGUUCAGGGAGUCAGUAGAUAGUUGUGUCCAGGGAGUCAUUAGAUAGUUGUGUACAGGGAGUCAGUAGAUAGUUGUGUUCAGGGAGUCAGUAGAUAGUUGUGUUCAGGGAGUCAGUAGAUAGUUGUGUUCAUGGAGUCAGUAUGUAGUUGUGUUCAGGGAGUCAGUAGAUAGUUGUGUUCAGGGAGUCAGUAGAUAGUUGUGUUCAGGGAGUCAGUAGAUAGUUGUGUUCAGGGAGUCAGUAGAUAGUUGUGUUCAGGGAGUCAGUAGAUAGUUGUGUUCAGGGAGUCAGUAUAUAGUUGUGUUCAGGAAGUCAGUAGAUAGUUGUGUUCAGGGAGUCAGUAGAUAGUUGUGUUCAUGGAGUCAGUAGAUAGUUGUGUUCAUGGAGUCAAUAGAUAGUUGUGUUCAGGGAUUCAGUAGAUAGUUGUGUUCAGGGAGUCAGUAGAUAGUUGUGUUCAGGGAGUCAGUAGAUAGUUGUGUUCAGGGAGUCAGUAGAUAGUUGUGUUCAGGGAGUCAGUAGAUAGUUGUGUUCAGGGAGUCAGUAGAUAGUUGUGUUCAGGAGUCAGUAGAUAGUUGUGUUCAGGGAGUCAGUAGAUAGUUUGUGUUCAGGGAGUCAGUAGAUAGUUGUGUUCAGGGAGUCAGUAGAUAGUUGUGUUCAGGGAGUCAGUAUGUAGUUGUGUUCAGGGAGUCAGUAGAUAGUUGUGUUCAGGGAGUCAGUAGAUAGUUGUGUUCAGGGAGUCAGUAGAUAGUUGUGUUCAGGGAGUCAGUAGAUAGUUGUGUUCAGGGAGUCAGUAGAUAGUUGUGUUCAGGGAGUCAGUAUGUAGUUGUGUUCAGGGAGUCAGUAGAUAGUUGUGUUCAGGAGUCAGUAGAUAGUUGUGUUCAGGGAGUCAGUAGAUAGUUGUGUUCAGGGAGUCAGUAGAUAGUUGUGUUCAGGGAGUCAGUAGAUAGUUGUGUUCAGGGAGUCAGUAGAUAGUUGUGUUCAGGGAGUCAGUAGAUAGUUGUGUUCAGGGAGUCAGUAGAUAGUUGUGUUCAGGGAGUCAGUAUAUAGUUGUGUUCAGGGAGUCAGUAGAUAGUGUGUUCAUGGAGGUCAGUAGAUAGUUGUGUUCAGGAGUCAGUAUAUAGUUGUGUUCAGGGAGUCAGUAGAUAGUUGUGUUCAGGGAGUCAGUAGAUAGUUGUGUUCAGGGAGUCAGUAGAUAGUUGUGUUCAGGGAGUCAGUAGAUAGUUGUGUUCAUGGAGUCAGUAUAUAGUUGUGUCCAGGGAGUCAGUAGAUAGUUGUGUUCAGGGAGAGUCAGUAGAUAGUUGUGUUCAGGGAGUCAGUAUAUAGUUAUGUUUCAGGGAGUCAGUAGAUAGUUGUGUUCAGGGAGUCAGUAGAUAGUUGUUUUCAGGGAGUCAGUAGAUAAGUUGUUCAGGGAGUCAGUAGAUAGUUGUGUUCAGGAGUCAGUAGAUAGUUGUUGUUCCAGGGAGUCAGUAGAUAGUUGUGUUCAGGGAGUCCAGUAGAUAGUUUGUUCAGGGAGUCAGUAGAUAGUUGUGUUCAGGAGUCAGUAGAUAGUUGUGUUCAGGGAGGUCAGUAGAUAGUUGUGUUUCAGGGAGUCAGUAUAUAGUUGUGUUCAGGGAGUCAGUAGAUAGUUGUGUUCAGGGAGUCAGUAUAUAGUUGUGUUCAGGGAGUCAGUAGAUAGUUGUGUUCAGGGAGUCAGUAGAUAGUUGUGUUCAGGGAGUCAGUAGAUAGUUGUGUUCAGGGAGUCAGUAGAUAGUUGUGUUCAGGGAGUCAGUAGAUAGUUGUGUUCAGGAGUCAGUAGUAGUUGUGUUCAGGGAGUCAGUAGAUAGUUGUGUUCAGGGAGUCAGUAGAUAGUUGUGUUCAUGGAGUCAGUAGAUAGUUGUGUCCAGGGAGUCAGUAGAUAGUUGUGUUCAGGGAGUCAGUAGAUAGUUGUGUUCAGGGAGUCAGUAGAUAGUUGUGUUCAGGGAGUCAGUAUAUAGUUGUGUCCAGGGAGUCAGUAGAUAGUUGUGUUCAGGGAGUCAGUAGAUAGUUGUGUUCAGGGAGUCAGUAGAUAGUUGUGUUCAGGGAGUCAGUAUAUAGUUGUGUUCAGGGAGUCAGUAGAUAGUUGUGUUCAGGGAGUCAGUAUAUAGUUGUGUUCAGGGAGUCAGGGUCAGGGAGUCAGUAGAUAGUGUGUUCAGGGAAUCAGUAUAUAGUUGUGUUCAGGGAGUCAGUAGAUAGUUGUGUUCAGGGAGUCAGUAUAUAGUUGUGUUCAGGGAGUCAGUAGAUAGUUGUGUUCAGGGAGUCAGUAGAUAGUUGUGUUCAGGGAGUCAGUAGAUAGUUGUGUCCAGGGAGUCAGUAGAUAGUUGUGUUCAGGGAGUCAGUAGAUAGUUUUGUUCAGGGAGUCAGUAUAUAGUUGUGUUCAGGGAGUCAGUAGAUAGUUGUGUUCAGGGAGUCAGUAGAUAGUUGUGUUCAGGGAGUCAGUAGAUAGUUGUGUUCAGGGAGUCAGUAGAUAGUUCUGUUCAGGGAGUCAGUAGAUAGUUGUGUCCAGGGAGUCAGUAGAUAGUUGUGUUCAGGGAGUGAGUAGAUAGUUGUGUUCAGGGAGUCAGUAGAUAGUUGUGUUCAGGGAGUCAGUAGAUAGUUUUGUUCAGGGAGUCAGUAGAUAGUUGUGUUCAUGGAGUCAGUAUAUAGUUGUGUCCAGGGAGUCAGUAUAUAGUUGUGUUUCAUGGAGUCAGUAGAUAGUUGUGUUCAGGGAGUCAGUAGAUAGUUGUGUCCAGGGAGUCAGUAUAUUGUUGUGUUCAGGGAGUCAGUAUAUAGUUGUGUCCAGGGAGUCAGUAUAUAGUUGUGUCAUGGAGUCAGUAGAUAGUUGUGUUCAGGGAGUCAGUAGAUAGUUGUGUCCAGGGAGUCAGUAUAUUGUUGUGUUCAGGGAGUCAGUAUAUAGUUGUGUCCAGGGAGUCAGUAGAUAGUUGUGUCCACGGAGUCAGUAGAUAGUUGUGUUCAGGGAGUCAGUAUAUAGUUGUGUUCAGGGAGUCAGUAGAUAGUUGUGUUCAGGGAGUCAGUAGAUAGUUGUGUUCAGGGAGUCAGUAGAUAGUUGUGUUCAUGGAGUCAGUAUAUAGUUGUGUCCAGGGAGUCAGUAUAUAGUUGUGUUCAUGGAGUCAGUAGAUAGUUGUGUUCAGGGAGUCAGUAGAUAGUUGUGUCCAGGGAGUCAGUAUAUUGUUGUGUUCAGGGAGUCAGUAUAUAGUUGUGUCCAGGGAGUCAGUAUAUAGUUGUGUUCAUGGAGUCAGUAGAUAGUUGUGUUCAGGGAGUCAGUAUAUUGUUGUGUUCAGGGAGUCAGUAUAUAGUUGUGUCCAGGGAGUCAGUAGAUAGUUGUGUCCACGGAGUCAGUAGAUAGUUGUGUUCAGGGAGUCAGUAUAUAGUUGUGUUCAGGGAGUCAGUAGAUAGUUGUGUUCAGGGAGUCAGUAGAUAGUUUUGUUCAGGGAGUCAGUAGAUAGUUGUGUUCAUGGAGUCAGUAUAUAGUUGUGUCCAGGGAGUCAGUAUAUAGUUGUGUUCAUGGAGUCAGUAGAUAGUUGUGUUCAGGGAGUCAGUAGAUAGUUGUGUCCAGGGAGUCAGUAUAUUGUUGUGUUCAGGGAGUCAGUAUAUAGUUGUGUCCAGGGAGUCAGUAUAUAGUUGUGUUCAUGGAGUCAGUAGAUAGUUGUGUUCAGGGAGUCAGUAGAUAGUUGUGUCCAGGGAGUCAGUAUAUUGUUGUGUUCAGGGAGUCAGUAUAUAGUUGUGUCCAGGGAGUCAGUAGAUAGUUGUGUCCACGGAGUCAGUAGAUAGUUGUGUUCAGGGAGUCAGUAUAUAGUUGUGUUCAGGGAGUCAGUAGAUAGUUGUGUUCAGGGAGUCAGUAGAUAGUUGUGUUCAUGGAUUCAGUAGAUAGUUGUGUCCAGGGAGUCAGUAGAUAGUUGUGUUCAGGGAGUCAGUAGAUAGUUGUGUUCAGGGAGUCAGUAGAUAGUUUUGUUCAGGGAGUCAGUAUAUAGUUGUGUUCAGGGAGUCAGUAGAUAGUUGUGUUCAGGGAGUCAGUAGAUAGUUGUGUUCAGGGAGUCAGUAGAUAGUUUUGUUCAGGGAGUCAGUAGAUAUUUGUGUUCAGGGAGUCAGUAGAUAGUUGUGUUCAGGGAGUCAGUAGAUAGUUGUGUUCAGGGAGUCAGUAGAUAGUUCUGUUCAGGGAGUCAGUAGAUAGUUGUGUCCAGGGAGUCAGUAGAUAGUUGUGUUCAGGGAGUGAGUAGAUAGUUGUGUUCAGGGAGUCAGUAGAUAGUUGUGUUCAGGGAGUCAGUAGAUAGUUGUGUUCAGGGAGUCAGUAGAUAGUUGUGUUCAUGGAGUCAGUAUAUAGUUGUGUCCAGGGAGUCAGUAUAUAGUUGUGUUCAUGGAGUCAGUAGAUAGUUGUGUUCAGGGAGUCAGUAGAUAGUUGUGUCCAGGGAGUCAGUAUAUUGUUGUGUUCAGGGAGUCAGUAUAUAGUUGUGUCCAGGGAGUCAGUAGAUAGUUGUGUCCACGGAGUCAGUAGAUAGUUGUGUUCAGGGAGUCAGUAUAUAGUUGUGUUCAGGGAGUCAGUAGAUAGUUGUGUUCAGGGAGUCAGUAGAUAGUUGUGUUCAUGGAUUCAGUAGAUAGUUGUGUCCAGGGAGUCAGUAGAUAGUUGUGUUCAGGGAGUCAGUAGAUAGUUGUGUUCAGGGAGUCAGUAGAUAGUUGUGUUCAGGGAGUCAGUAUAUAGUUGUUUUCAGGGAGUCAGUAGAUAGUUGUGUUCAGGGAGUCAGUAUAUAGUUGUGUUCAGGGAGUCAGUAGAUAGUUUUGUUCAGGGAGUCAGUAGAUAGUUGUGUUCAGGGAGUCAGUAGAUAGUUGUGUUCAGGGAGUCAGUAGAUAGUUGUGUUCAGGGAGUCAGUAGAUAGUUGUGUUCAUGGAGUCAGUAGAUAGUUGUGUUCAGGGAGUCAGCAGAUAGUUGUGUUCAGGGAGUCAGUAGAUAGUUGUGUUCAGGGAGUCAGUAGAUAGUUGUGUUCAGAGAGUCAGUAGAUAGUUGUGUUCAGGGAGUCAGUAUAUAGUUGUGUUCAAGGAGUCAGUAUAUAGUUGUGUUCUAGGUCCCAGUGGUUCUGACUAGGUCCCAGGGGUUCUGACUAGGUCCCAGUGGUUCUGACUAGGUCCCAGGGGUUCUGACUAGGUCCCAAUGGUUCUGACUAGGUCCCAGUGGUUCUGACUAGGUCCCAGGGGUUCUGACUAGGUCCCAGUGGUUCUGACUAGGUCCCAGGGGUUCUGACUAGGUCCAAGUGGUUCUGACUAUGUCCCAGGGGUUCUGAUUAGGUCCCAGUGGUUCUGACUAGGUCCCAGGGGUUCUGACUAGGUCCUAGUGGUUCUGACUAGGUCCCAGGGGUUCAGACUAGGUCCCAGGGGUUCUGACUAGGUCCCAGUGGUUCUGACUAGGUCCCAGUGGUUCUGACUAGGUCCCAGUGGUUCUGACUAGGUCCCAGGGGUUCUGACUAGGUCCCAGUGGUUCUGACUAGGUCCCAGUGGUUCUAACUCGGUCCCAGUGGUUCUGACUAGGUCCCAGUGGUUCUGGCUACAUCAUUACAUGCAGUAUAUGCUCUUUAGUCUGCAUCAGUCUAAUACACUGACUCCCAUGGGUGUUAAUUUGUCUCUUUGUAGUAUAAACUCUUGAUUUUAAACUUGAAAUAUUUUAUUUCUCUCUUCAAAACCCCAGAGGUGAUGUGCUUGUCUUCUUUCCUCUUAUUUCAUGCGUUGUUAGCUUACCAUAGUGAAUGCAGAAUUGCGCUCAGAAAGGACCUUUUAACAUAAUGUGCUGCCUUGUAAAUCAACCCCUCUAUAACAUCUUAAUGUUUAAUGUGCUGUUGAAGGCCUGCGGGUGUCUAAUCUGAUUUAAUACAGAUGAGAUUUCACAAUGAUGUUGAGAAAUCACUAAUUAUUAGAGUGUCACGCACUUUGGUGAUGUAAUUUUACUUCCUUUAUGAUUAUUCAUGUUCUGAAUCAUUCAGUUGGGUCUUUCUCUAACAUAUCAUUAACAUUAUAUCCAAAAAGUUGGAUUUCGUAACCAAAUACAUACCAUAAUACGUACCGAGCUCUGUUGACAGAGCGAAUCCGCUUCUCGCAGUGACUUUUGAGGAUUUUAUAUGCUGUGGUCGUCUUCAAAGUUGUUUCUGCGGGUCGCAAAAAGCUAAAUUAUACAACGGGUGGGUCUAAUACUGGAUGCUGAUUGUUUGAAAAUGCAUUCCAGCCGGUGUCUAUUCCACAAGUUACCACCGGCUAAAUCUAUGACAUUAAAAUGCCUAUUUACUCUGUUCCAUCUGACUGCGCAAUCCACUGUCUCAUCAGCCCAGCCAGGCACUUUAUAAACUUGAUCUCCACUGUAAAAAGUAUCUAGACAUUAUCUCACAUUUCUUUUAGACUAGCAUUUGGUUUUCAGCAGCGGAGAUGUGUAAUGACCUUGCUGUCUGUUUCAAUAUUGAAAUUCAGUAUCCAGCUGUUCUAUGGUAAUGAACAUGGUGUCGGGAGCCGUUUCUCAGCCAGUCGAAAUCAUGAAUCAGCAUCAUUUUUAUGGAUAUAUACAAAGAAAUGUCAGUAGAAAAACACGAAAUGCAGCUAGUUUGCUGUCAUUCCAGCUUCAGUUUGAAAUGAUUGUGUUAGCUGUGUAGUUGGCUAUCUCUUCUGAACAGUGGCCUGGCAAGAGAGCAAAUGUUCUAUGCCAGGCGAAAUCGCACAUCAUUGGCUCAUUGUUAUGGAUGUAUCCCCACCAAAAUCACUAGAAAACAGCUUAAACAAACGCAAAUGCAGCUACUUUGCUGUUAUUCUGGCUAUACUGUUUGACGUGACUGUGUUAGUCAAAGUUUAUUAGCUAGCAAGUAAGGGAUAAGAACGUUGCCAGCCAUCAUGGCAAUGGAACAUUGUGUCCAUAGAUUUAGAAAAAAGAUACUUUACUGUGUCGCGUCUCUGGCAACCGAACCGAUAGAACGAACGACCAGCCGGCUUGGGUAGCAACCCCAGAUUUGUGUCAGGACUACAUCUCGUGGAAGAAAUAGUAUGAAUAAAUUCAUCAAAAUAAUGUUUUAAAAAAUAUAUAUGUCUAUCAAUCAUUAUUGAUAGACACAGUAUGUUGGUAACCCGUUGUAUAAAAGUGAUAAUGCCCUCGAAGCCGGUGUUUGGAGGAUAUAUUGGCACAGUUUGCCUCGACUUCGUCUCGGGCCUAACAACACCCGUGCCAAUAUAUCCUCCAAACACCGGCUUCUCGGGCGUUAUCACUUAAUUAACAUGACACGAGAUGAAUUAACUGUAAAAGGCUUUGAAAAUAAAUGGCUUCCGGUACGCUCAGUGCUCCGUUUCACAGAGAUACACUUGUUUUUCAGAGAAAUCUUAGAAAAAUAACCGGAAUUUUGCAUUAAUAUGACAUGUCAUGUUUCAAAAUCGUUAUCUAUCUUACCUCUAUGUUAUUUUAUGUCCUCCUGAUUCAAGAACAGAUGAUGAGUUCAAUGGUGAGCCUGUCAAAUGGCCAUCAUUCUCUCACAGCAUCCAUCCUAGCUGACACAAUGCUAUUUUCCUGAUUUUUGACCACUUUAUUUUCUCUGGGCUCCAUUCAUUUAGUUACCGUGACCCUAAUCUUUGCCAUCCUACAAGGGUAAAAACUCCAAUAACUUUUGAACAGAUUAUGAUAGAGACAUAAGGUCUAUUCUCCAACAAUGGCCACAGUAACAGGCUACUGAGAUGAUCUAUGAAUGUCUCUAUGUGUAUUUGUGUGUAAAGGAAGACAGACACUGAAAUAAUCUAAUUGUGUACUAAUUAUUAAACUAAAUCACAUCUCAAUGAACAGCGGUGCACAGCUUAUUUGUGCCAAAAUAUGAAUCAUUGGUACAUACUUGUGAUGCUUGUUUUUCACUGAUGACAUUUUCGCCCUGAGCAGGCUAUCACUGGGACACAUCUGAUUGGAUGCCGAGUGCUCAGUGUCCCGUAGACCAGGAACUGUUGCAGUGUAUACUUAUAGAAAAGCCCGCCCUCUCCUGCACUGACUCUGACCCUGAGCUCCUCAACCUGGACUGCUAUGUAGAAGGUAUAGACAUUGAGAGUGACUCCACCAACUGAUUUCCUUUCUCUGGAUCUGGAUGACGUCCACCUACCUGUUAGGCAUCAGGGGCAGUUAUGAUGACUCCAUCCAGACAUAUACUUCACCUGUAGCCAGCAGGAUGAAAGCAUUUACCAGCACCAGCAGCAUCACCUCUACCCCACAGAUCCCACUAAGCUCCAAGGCAGUAACACAGGGGUCAGCAGGGCGCAUAUAGGGACACAACGUGACCCCUUGGACAUGAGCCGUGGACAGGAGCUCAGCGGCAGUGUGCCCGUCUCCCCUACCUCCAGCUCUGAUCUGUCAGGCUUGGGUAAGGGGUCAGAGGUCAGGGGUCAGAGUGACCAGCAGGCUUGUUUGGUUAUCUCACACCCUAACCUCUGGACACAAGGCCUCUGA